ACUCGAAGUGGGUUGCUUUAAUCACUUCACAAUCUACUCUCGCAAUUCAACUCAUUACACCAGUUUCUCGGUCAAUUCAGUGCAUAAAUCUGUUACAUUAAGUCACGUUACUUUGUUUCAAAAAAAUGGCAUCGUUGAAACCGAUGUUAAGCAAGGAUGUGCCUGAUAUCGAAAAUAUACUGAACAUCAAUCCGAAGUCCAAAACUUAUACAAAUUUCAUGCCAUCAGCGAGCACCAAACAGAACAAACAGCAUUGGAAAAGGAAUAUCCUUGAGAAAUGUGAUAGUUGCGUAUCUCUGACAAAGAACUUUGAUGACAUUAAGCAUACUACCUUAAGCGAGCGUGGAGCUUUGAGGGAAGCGGCACGUUGUUUAAAAUGUGUCGAUGCACCUUGCCAAAAAUCCUGUCCCACGCAACUGGACAUUAAAGCCUUCAUUACCUCGAUUUCCAACAAGAAUUACUAUGGUGCGGCUAAAGCGAUCCUAUCAGACAAUCCUCUCGGCCUCACUUGCGGCAUGGUUUGCCCAACCAGCGAUCUUUGCGUGGGUGGAUGUAAUCUUUAUGCAACUGAGGAAGGACCUAUUAACAUUGGCGGGCUUCAACACUUUGCGGUGGAUAUUUUCAAGAAAAUGAAUAUUCCUCAGACCAAAAAAUUCAAUCAAACGGUACCUCAUGCAAACACGAAAAUCGCCCUGCUCGGUUGCGGACCAGCUUCUCUUUCGUGCGCGUCAUUUCUUGCUCGACUCGGUUACGAUGAUAUCACGAUCUUCGAGAAAGAAAAGUAUGUCGGCGGAUUAAGUUCUUCCGAAAUACCACAGUAUAGACUGCCGUAUGAUGUUAUUAAUUUUGAAGUGGAUCUCGUUAAAGAUUUAGGAGUAAAAAUCGAAUUAGGAAGGUCAUUGUCUGAAAAUGAUUUAACAAUACAGGAUCUUCAAAAUGCUGGAUAUAAAGCUAUUUUUUUAGGAAUCGGAUUACCUGAGCCGAAGAGCAUUUCAAUUUUUGAAAAUCUCACGCCGGAAAUGGGCUUCUUCACCUCAAAAAGUUUUUUGCCCAUUGUUGCGAAAGGCAGUAAGCCGGGUAUGUGCGCUUGCAAGAAUAACCAAGAACUUCCGUCUCUUCGGGGCAACGUGAUCAUUCUCGGUGCGGGGGAUACCGCUUUCGAUUGUGCCACUUCUGCUCUGCGAUGUGGUGCUAGAAAAGUCUUCGUUGUCUUUCGGAAAGGCUUCACCAACGUACGGGCAGUUCCAGAAGAGAUGGAUUUGGCAAAAGAAGAAAAAUGUGAGUUUAUACCUUUUCAAUCUCCGAAACAAGUCAUCCUUCACAAUGAGAGGAUCAUCGCGAUCGAAUUUUGCAGAACUGAACAAAAUGAGAAUGGUGAAUGGAUAGAAGACGAAGAACAAAAGGUCAUUUUGAAGGCGGAUUUCGUAAUUUCAGCUUUUGGUUCAGGAUUGUAUGAUUUUACUGUGAAGCGUGCUAUGAUACCGGUUAAGAUGAACAAAUGGAAUCUACCGGAAGUAGAUAAGACUACGAUGAUGACCUCGGUACCAGGUGUAUUCUGUGGAGGUGACCUUGCGGGUGUUUCCCAGACUACUGUGGAAUCCGUGAAUGAUGGAAAGACUGCUGCAUGGUACAUUCACAAAUACAUACAGGAAUUCUAUGACUUUGCGGUACCAGAAAUUCCACAAUUACCAAAGUUCCACACCGCCGUUGACAAUGUUGACCUCAGUGUUGAGAUAUGUGGAAUAAAAUUCGAGAAUCCUUUCGGUCUUGCUUCUGCACCACCUUGCACCUCCAGCGCAAUGAUCCGGCGAGCUUUUGAAGCCGGCUGGGCCUUUGCAAUCACAAAAACUUUUUCCUUGGACAAGGAUCUCGUUACCAAUGUAUCGCCGCGCAUUGUCAAAGGCACUAUGUCUCGUCAUCAUUAUGGACCUGAGCAGGGUAGCUUCUUGAAUAUCGAGUUGAUAUCCGAGAAAACCGUCGAUUAUUGGUGUGGCAGUAUCACUGAACUAAAACGAGACUUUCCUACAAAGAUUGUCAUUGCGAGUAUUAUGUGCACAUAUAAUAGGGCUGAUUGGAUGAAGCUGGCGAAAAAAGCGGAAACAGCUGGUUCUGAUGGCUUGGAAUUAAAUUUAUCCUGUCCGCAUGGUAUGGGCGAAUCUGGAAUGGGUCUGGCUUGUGGACAGGAUCCUGAACUGGUUAGAAACAUCUGCAGAUGGGUUCGCAAAGCAGUCAAAAUACCAUUUUUCGUAAAAUUGACACCCAACAUCACUGAUAUCCUUUCCAUUGCCAAAGCAGCUUACGAAGGUAAGGCUGAUGGCAUUACUGCUAUUAACACAAUAUCUGGAUUAAUGGGAUUGCACGCUGAUGCGACUCCGUGGCCGGCAGUCGGCCUCAAUAAGUCUACAACGUAUGGCGGGGUGUCAGGAAACGCAACUAGGCCCCAAGCCUUGAAAGCAAUUUCAACAAUCUCAAGGCAUCUUCCAGGAUUCCCGAUACUCGGCACUGGUGGCGUCGACUCGGCUGACGUCGCUCUGCAAUUCCUGCAUUGCGGUGCAUCAGUCGUUCAAGUUUGUAGUGCCAUUCAAAACCAAGACUUCACAUUGAUAGAUGAUUACGUGACCGGUUUGAAAACGUUGUUAUACCUAAAGAGCUUGGUACAGGCAAAAGAUUGGAAUGGACAGAGCCCACCGACAUUCAAACACCAAAAGGGCAAACCCAUAUCCUUGCAACACGCCCUUGGCAAAAAUAUACCAUAUUUCGGCGAAUAUCAAAGGCUGCGUGAGCAAAAAAUAGCUGAACUAAAAGCGAACUCGAAUCCCUUGAAUAAGAUCGUUAAGGCGAUGCGACCGGCUCUAGAACCAAUUGCGCCGAUACCUACUGUUAAGGACAUAAUCGGCAAAGCAUUAAUUCAUAUUGGCAGCUACAACGAAUUGGACAACAAGAAGCAAGUGGUCGCCUUGAUUGAUGAUGACAUGUGCAUAAAUUGUGGCAAGUGUUAUAUGGCUUGCGCGGAUUCUGGAUAUCAGGCCAUCACCUUUGAUCCCAACACUCACAUUCCAAUGGUGACAAAUGAUUGCACCGGUUGUACGCUUUGCUUAUCCGUCUGCCCAAUUAUCGAUUGUAUCACUAUGAUCCCGAAAACGAUUCCGCAUGUAAUUAAAAGGGGAGUGUCGCCGAAGAAUGUAAUCGAAAUUUGUUAAACAAUAGAUUUACGUUUCCGUCAAAAAA